AUGUGGACUUCCUAUGUGCGUGCCACGACUUUGUGCUGGGUUCUUGGUAGCCUCUUCACCGAGCCCUCAUCCGCGCAGGUUAUCUACGAAGACCUUGACCUGGUACCAAAAUACCUCAAAGCACAUGCUAUAGUGAUGGGGCUCGUAUUCACCGUCAUGCUGCCCCUCGGCGUAUUUGCCAUUCGGUUUCUCAAGGGCAAAAACGCAGUCUUGAUACAUGCUGGAUGGCAGCUGUUUAGCUGGGUGUUGAUUAUUGCUGGGCUUGGGUGUGGAAUUAGGGUGGGAAAGAUUCUGGACCGACUUGAAAACAAUCCGCAUACAAUCAUCGGCACUACUGUGGUAGUCCUCAUGCUCCUUCAACCGUUUAUUGGACUUGCUCAUCACCUUAGGUUCCGCAAGACAAAAAUGCGGACUGCAUGGACUCGUAUCCAUGUAUGGUAUGGGAGAGCGCUGAUUCUGUUGGGAAUCAUCAAUGGAGGUCUAGGAUUAAAACUUGCUGCAAAUACCACAAAAGGAAAGAUCGCCUAUGGAGUGGUGGGAGGUAUCUUCGGAAUGGGCAUUAUCGUGAUAGCGGCUCUAUUUGAAACUGAAAUCCUAACACAAUGGACCCAAUCGAAGACAGCACCAGAGCUAGGGAUGGCAGAAAGAACUGAGCAACAGCAAGAACAUGCUUAA